ACUCCAACUCAGAUUUCUCAUUAACAAACUCUGCUUUAUAUAGCAGAAAACAAUCUAAAAACAAUUCAAAAAACUUCUUAUUUUGUCUAAGCAACUUUUUUACAUUAAAAAAGCAACAAUUAAACUAAAUUGCAGCCAUAUUUGCUAUCAAAUUGCAGCUUCAUUUGCUGUCAAUUUUCAGCCUCAUUGCUGUCAUUUCAUGGCAGUUUCAUUUCAUCAUUUUGCAGGUUUGAAUGCCACGUUUCUAAUAAUGUUUCCAACAAUUAAAAGUUCGGUUAAUUUUGAUGUCAUCCUCCAGGUUGUGAAACUGCUGUGCCUUUGAUGGUGGAUCAUGGAUUCCUCCGUUCUUGUGUACAGAUUCGAGGAAAACUUUGAAUAACAGCCUCAAUGUAGUAAGCAGCUUCUCCUAUUUCCGAAACCCAAUUCCGAACACUCUCGUCUCUAUCAUGCCUCUUGUCUACAUCUUUUAGAAAGCACUGCAUCAGUCUUAAGCUCAGUUUGCAUCCGCUGGAGUCAACCCAGCAUGCUCCACAACAGUAUGGCUUCCUCAAUCAGGAGGAUACACAAACCUUUCCAUAGGAAAGGGUACCACAGCCACUUCUUGGAUCAAAUUCUAGUGAGUUUUAAGCACUGUUGUGAGUCAUCUUUUUUAUCAAAAACACAAAAAAUUUAGGUUCUAAGCCCCUUGGUGAGAAGUCAAUAAUUUUUGUUUAGUGUAGGGAAGAUAGCACCAGUGUGUUUGAUAGAAUUCCUGGAGAUUGCAUUCAGUUGCAUUCAUCCAAAGGCCAAUGAACGGCCAACAAUGGGAGAAGUAGAGGUGACAUUAGAGCUUGCAUUGGAGCUGCAGGAGAGAGCUGACUCUGUUAUGAAGGCUGUCAAUCCUCAUGCUGACUACGCUUAUGAAGAAGUUCCGUUCCAUGUCUCCCUUAGAGAUUAUAAUGAAUACCUAUAUGAGACAGACAUUAAUGAAGAUAGCUUCUCAGCUGCAGAUGAGUAAAAAUUACUCAUUCUCAUUUCUAGGACAAUAAGGGCAGACAAUUACAACUUCAAUAAUCAAGGUUAUGUUAU